AUGGCACAAACAGGAGCAGAAUACAUGGCAUACAAGGACCCUAAGCAGCCACUAAAUAGGCGAAUUAAGGACUUGAUGGGUCGAAUGACGCUUGAAGAAAAGAUCGGGCAGAUGAUGCAGCUGGACCGUGCCAAUGUCACAGCUGAGAUCAUGAGGGACUUCUCAUUAGGCAGUGUUUUGAGUGGCGGAGGGAGUGUGCCACGUGAGCAGGCUAGUCCACAGGAUUGGAUCAACAUGUUCAAUGAGUUUCAAAAGGGUGCACUUUCAAGCCGGCUUGGGAUCCCUAUGAUUUAUGGCAUUGAUGCUGUUCAUGGGCACAACAAUGUUUAUAAGGCCACUAUUUUCCCACAUAAUGUUGGUCUUGGAGCCACCAGGGAUCCGGAGCUUGUGAAGAAGAUUGGUGCUGCAACUGCACUUGAAGUUAGAGCUACUGGCAUUAAUUAUGCGUUUGCACCAUGCAUUGCGGUCUGCAGAGAUCCGAGAUGGGGUAGGUGCUACGAGAGCUACAGCGAAGAUCCUGCAGUCGUAAUACAAAUGACUGAUGUCAUACUCGGAUUGCAAGGCGAAAUUCCGGCUGGUUCCCGGAAGGGCGUUCCUUAUGUGGGUGGAAAGUAA